AAAAGCAGGGUAGCAAGGCAGAAUGAGAAGAGAUGAACAGCAACAGACAGACUGACUGACUCCUUUGCCUUCCAAAUUGAAAAUGCUAGAAGUGCAUUUUCCCUGGUAAUUGCUGUAUAUCUGGCUAUUUUGUCUAACAUGAAGGUGCUGAGGAUUUUUCUGCUGCUGGAAAUUUCAGGCUUCUUUCCCAUUUUUUCCAGCCCUUCUUCAAUCCACUGCCGCUGGAAUUCUUUUGGCCCUUGGUCCGAGUGCAAUGGCUGUACGCAAAAACAGAUUAGGAGACGGACAGUGGCAGUUUAUGGCCAGUAUGGAGGAAACCCCUGCCCUGGGCAUGCCUUGGAAACAAGACCAUGCACCCCCACAAGGGGAUGCCCAACAGAAGAUGGCUGUGGUGAUCGGUUCAGGUGUUUCUCAGGUCAGUGCAUUAGCAGAUCCCUAGUGUGCAAUGGUGAUCAGGACUGUGAGGAUGAUGGUGCAGAUGAAGAUCGAUGUGAAGAGAGGAAAACUGUAUGUGAUAUUGAAAAAACACCUCUGAAUUCAGAACUUACAGGAGCAGGCUUUGAUAUUAUUACUGGUGAAACUAUGGGAAGAGUCAUUCAUACAAAAAGCUUUGGAGGGCAAUGCAGAAAGGUCUUUAGUGGCGAUAGGAGAGAGUACUACAGGCUGAGUGAAAGUAUUCUCGCUUAUAAUUUUCAGGUUAAAGUUCAAAAUGAUUUCAGUUAUGAGUUUUUCAAUAGCACCUGGUCUUAUAUGAAGCAUGUAGAGCGGUAUGAAAAUUCAAACAAAUACAAGCACACAGAGAAUAAAAAUCUGCAAAAGGGUAAGCAGCUGAUGGUUGUUGAGAACAGUGUGGAAGUUGCUCAGUUUAUUAACAACCACCCAGACUUUCUCACUCUUGCGGAGCCUUUCUGGAAGGAACUGUUCAACCUUCCAGUUGUCUACGAGUACAGCAUCUACCGAAGACUUAUUGAACAUUUUGGAACACACUUCUUACACUCUGGGUCUCUAGGAGGACAUUACAAAGUCAUUUUUUAUAUGGAUACUGACAAAAUGAAAGCAGAAGGUGUCAGCAUAACAGACUUGUACAAGUGUACCUCAUCAGGCUGGAAUGCACUCAUUGUGAAAAAGAAGAAGAAGGAGUGCACCAAACUUGAUGAACUGCUACUGACUUCUUCAGGAAGCACUGGCAAUAAAAUUAAAGGAGACCCUUACAUAGAAGGAGGAAGCCCAAGUGCUGUUGCUGCCCUUAGUUAUCUAGACCUGGAUAAUCCUGCUGGGAACAGUCGGAUGUACACCUUGUGGGCUGCAUCAGUGACAGACUAUCCCAGAGUAAUUAAAAAAAAGCUAACACCAUUAUAUGAGCUGGUAAAGGAAGUGCCCUGCUCCUCAGUCAAAAAGCACUACCUGAUACAAGCCAUUGAAGAAUAUAUGGCUGAAAAUGAUCCCUGCAAAUGUCAGCCUUGCCAGAAUGGUGGUGAGGCAGCUGUGGAAGGAACACAGUGUGUGUGUUACUGCAAGCCUUACACCUUUGGAGCGGCUUGUGAGCUGGGAACUCUCGUGCAGGACCAGCCAGAUGUUGUUGAUGGACAUUGGAGCUGCUGGUCUUCCUGGAGUCCUUGUUCAGGGGGAAGGGAAUCGAGGAGUAGAACCUGCAACAACCCUUCCCCACGUGGUGGUGGGAAGGCCUGCCUGGGAGAGCAGCAUGAAAGCAGAGCGUGCGAAGAUGAAGAGUUGCAGCAUCUUCGCUUGAUUGAACCACACUGUUUUGAUUUAUCCAUAAAUCCUACAGAAUUUUGUUCACCUCCUCCUCGCUUAGAAAAUGGAUUUGUUCAAAAUGCUGAAAAUGCAUAUCCUGUUGGGAAAAACAUUGUUUAUGCAUGCAAACAUGGAUAUUCUCUUGUUGGUGAUCCUGUUGCUAAGUGUCACAGUAAUUUACAGUGGCAAGUUGGAGAGAGAUAUUGCCAAGAAACUGCUUGUCUCCUGCCUGAGCUGGAGGGGGGUUUGCAAGGAGAGCCAUGGAAACCUACCUACGAGAUUGGUGAAAGAAUAACUCUGUCUUGUCCACACGGCACACACUUGGAAGGGGCACACUCCAUUUUGUGUGAGCCCAGCCUCAAGUGGUCUCCUGAUGUAAAGACUAUCCAGUGCAAGAGACCAGUGCCCAGUGUGAGAACAGAAGUGACAGAGCCUAAAUGUCAGCCAUGGGAGAAAGUAUAUCAGUCCCAAUGUGUGUGCAAAAUGCCCUAUGAGUGUGGUCCUUCCCUGGACACUUGUGCUACAGAUCAAAGAACCAAGAGACACACACCUUUAACUGUUUGCAAGAUGCAUGCCUUGGAGUGCAUGGGCAGAAAAUACUCUCUGACUAAUGCAGAAAACUGCAAAGUACCCCAGGCAGCUGAAAUACCAUGUGGAUCUUGCCGUUCAUGGGAAAAAUGCAAUGUGCCAUCCAACAUCUGUGUUUGUGAUGAAGAUCGGCUGUGUGAGGAGGGAGGUGCCCAGGUCUGUGCUGAAGUGAGUGGCUCUGCUGCCCGUCGGACCAUGACCGAGUGCGAGGUUGGGCUGCUCAGGUGCCGAGGGGAGACUGUCAUCCUUGUCAGCAUAUGGCCCUGUGAUACACAGAGUAAAUAAGAUAUGUUAUGCUUUAUUUUGCUUAUUGCUGGAGGAUAUGUCAAAAAUGUGUCAGCUCUUGGUCAGGACAUACUUUGAACCUUGCUCUGCCAAAUGGAAGCUCUGCUGUGAAAUCCAUCAGAGAUUGUGCAUCUGGUCAGCUCUAAAUUCAGAUCUGAAUCAAGGCCUGAGGCUCUUUGUUAGACCAAGAUGCACUUGUCACAACUGCUCACAACAGAGCUCUUACUUAGGCACCAGCCUUACUACUGGCAGAUUUGCUUCAUAUUUCCAUCAGAAUUAAAAAGUAUUGCUGAAUUGUGAUUGCCAAAGUAGCUAUUAUAGUGAUGGAUUACCAUGUCUGACAUUGUCAAUAUGCUUUUCUUAAAGCCACACAAACAUAUGCUUGCACUGCAUAGAUUUAGAUUACCAAAACAUACAGAUUAAGCUUCACAGAGUAAGAGGUAUGAUUCUUCUCUUUUAAUAAAGCAGCUUCUUUCCACCAUACACUACUCAGCUGAGCAAACAGACUGCAUGGAACUGAACAUGUUCUUGAGCCUCGCAUGAGACAUAAGACUUGAGACACACUCAAAUGUCAAAACAAUGUGCAUUAAUAGUAAAGCCAUAUUAAAGUAAUGAGAAUACAUCUAUGCUUGCAGCUUCUUAUACAUAGAACCACUUCAUGAAAAAUCACCAUUAUUAUUAUUAUUAUUAUUACUACUAUUAAUAUUGUAAUGAGCUACACCUGUAAGCACAGGUAACUCAGUUACAUUUCUCACAUGCAUUUAUGUUUGUGCCAAGGCUGGUUUCUUACAGACAAUUGUACAAAGAGGUCUUCUGCCUUAGCAAAAUUUUCUCAAAGGCACCUAUUAGAGAAAACACAUCUUUACAGCAAUGAAGAUGUUCUGCAUGCAGUCCCCUUGGAGAUACCACUGGAUAAUCUUCAAAGAUUAUUCCUGAAUAAAAGAAGUCUCCUACACUCUUUCCUUACAGAGCUAAGCACUCUCUCUGGCAUAGCUGGACCAUGACAACUUUGCUAACAUAUUUCAAGUACAUUCAGGUACCCGUGCUGGCAGUCCCAUCCCUUCUGACCAUUCUUGGAUGCAAACAAGGACAAAGGGCUGGAUACCAAGUGGAUGUUCAACCAAGUGCAGUACCAUCAACAUGUAUUAUAUGUAUGCAUGCUUUCAAAGCAACGGAUUUUAUUUGUUACUACCAGUAAUAUAGUAAGAUAGCAUCUCUUGUUUAUCACGUUUCUACCAGUAGUUUCCAUGCAUAAACCCUACCCUCAGCUGGAUAAAGCUUUGCUUUCUUUAAUGCUGGCAAUAAAGAGUAAGCCAGAACAGGAGUGGCUUUCCUUGGAGACUCUUUCUUGUGCAGGUAGCCAUGUUGGAGGGGAAGGUUGCCGCACGCUAACUGAAAGGACCUCCUGACCUUUAUAACCUUUUCCAGCUGUCUGGAAAAUAAUAUCAGUUGUGGGUUUUGGUUAUUUUUUCUUCUUGAGCAAAUAAUAAAUUUUUGUGAGUAGCAAACAGAUGAAAAUAAGUAGAAUAAAAUCCAAAUUAAUUUAGUCAGCUAUUUUGUCUAUAUAAUUUGCUCUGGAGUAAUAAAUAGUAGUUUGUAGAGCA